GUGGGCGGCCAACAAAGAGAUAAAAAGCAUACGGAGUUAUGAGGACCUUGAUGCGCAUCCUUCGGAAACAGGGACCAACAUCUCGGACAGCCUUAUCAGCCUCUCACUAGUUCUCUUGUACCAUUUCGGCUCAUCUUUGUGCCACAGCGAGCUCGCACACCAAAAAUCCGAGACAAACCCCCUUCCCUUCUUGUCAAUCCUCAUUUCUUCUGCCCUGAAGCCAUUCACAACACCUCACAUCACGUACAAGAUGGCUUCCCGUCCCCAGAACAUCGGCAUCAAGGCCAUUGAGGUCUACUUCCCCAGCCAGUAUGUCGAGCAGUCCGAACUCGAGAAGCAUGAUGGCGCCAGCACUGGCAAGUACACGAUCGGACUCGGCCAGACCAAGAUGGCCUUCUGCGACGACCGUGAGGAUAUCUACUCUUUCGCUCUGACAGUGGUGAGCAACCUGCUCAAGAAGUACGAAAUCGACACAAACUCCAUCGGCCGCCUGGAGGUCGGCACCGAGACCAUCCUCGAUAAGUCCAAGUCUGUCAAGACUGUCCUUAUGCAGCUCUUCGGCGACAACACCAACAUUGAGGGUGUCGAUACCCUCAACGCCUGCUAUGGCGGCACCAAUGCCCUGUUCAACACCCUCAACUGGAUCGAGUCCUCCGCCUGGAACGUCGCGACGCCAUUGUCGUCGCUGGUGACAUUGCUCUCUACGCCAAGGGCAACGCCCGCCCCAACCGGUGGUGCUGCUCGUCCAGAGUCCUACGCUCGCCUGCUGUACCACGACUACCUCGCCAACGCCGACAACGCCGCAUUUGCUGAGGUCGCCCCUGAGCUGCGCGACAUGGAGUACGAGACGUCCCUGACUGACAAGGUCGUUGAGAAGACCUUCAUGGGCCUCACCAAGAAGAAGUUCCAGGAGCGGGUCAGCCCCGGCAUCCAGGUCGCCACCCUCUGCGGCAACAUCUUCAUGUCCUUCCGCAUCGAGAGCAGCGUCGCCCCCAUUCAGAAGGUUCUCGAUAUUCGCUCCCGACUGGAGGCCCGCCGCGUCCUCAGCCCCGUGGACUACGAGGCGAUGUGCGACCUUCGUAAGAAGGCUCACCUGCAGAAGGACUUCACCCCUGCAGGUGACGUCUCCACCAUCGCCCCUGGCACGUACUACCUCGAGAAGGUUGAUGAUAUGUUCAGGCGCGAGUACUCUGUCAAGGCUUAG